CAACAACAACAACAACAACAACAACAACAACAACAACAACAACAACAACAACAACAACAACAACAACAACAACAACAACAACAACAACAACAACAACAACAACAACAACAACAACAACAACAACAACAACAACAACAACAACAACAACAACAACAACAACAACAACAACAACAACAACAACAACAACAACAACAACAACAACAACAACAACAACAACAACAACAACAACAACAACAACAACAACAACAACAACAACAACAACAACAACAACAACAACAACAACAACAACAACAACAACAACAACAACAACAACAACAACAACAACAACAGCAACAACAGCAACAACAGAGCUGA